AUGAGUAGCGAACCGAUCAAGACCUGCAUCUUCUUCAUGGAUAACUCCAACAUCUGGAUCCGGGCUCAAAAGUUGGCCGCGUCGGGCAAUGGCAACAUGCCCAAACUAAGAGGCGGCGACUCCGACCCGCGCCUCAGAAUUAGGAUCGGUAAAUUGGUCGACAUGCUCCGAAAUGACCGUUUCCAAGGUCCUUCGUUUCUUUAUGGGUCUGGGCUACGGCCCGAUAGUUCAGUAUUGGAAGAGUAUAGCAAAUUCAACUUCCAGUCCAAGAUCUACGAUCGCUACCAUGGUGCAGAGAAGGAGGUGGACACGUCUAUGGCGGCAGAUCUGGGCUAUGAGGCCGCUAAGCUCACAUUCGAGGCCAAGCCUUGGAACGUCAGACAACAGAAAGCCAACACCACGUUUGUCAUCACUACCGGAGACCGCGAUAUGCUCCCGCCUGUUAAGAAAGUGCUGGACUGUGGUAUCCGAGUGGAGCUCUGGGCCUGGAAGUCAGGGGCCUCAUCAGACUACUUGAAGUUGCAGUCCCAGAAUCCGCUACUCUCAGUAAGAUAUCUGGACUGUCUGUUCGAGGAAAUUUCCUUUAUGAAUUUUCACUCUACCCGAGAUGUUGAUGAAUUUGACCCUGGUAAAACGAUUAUACUCUGCUGCUCUGAUAUGCUGAGAAGAGAGGAUCUCGAAUCUUCCAUUUGCAAGCAGCUCGUUGAGUUCCGCUACUUAUUCUACAUCACGAUUUCCAAGACGGGGGAGGAUAUAAUUGUGGAGUUUCCGGGGAUUGAGAGCAUCGAGGGUAUGAUUGUCAAGGUACGAGACUUGUUUAAGGAUAUAUUAACUGUGCUGUCAUGGCCCGAAUACGCAAGUCAUCUCAAUGAGAAAACACCAGCCAUGCUCGAAGACAGUAACAGAUAUGCUCCGUUGGUGGAUGAGGAUGAGCGGCGCUCCACCGGCAACGAGGCAAAAGAAGGACACGAACCUGUCGAGAGCAAAGCCAAGUCGCACGGCAGUACCAACCAUGGGGGGAACGACGAGGUUCAACGUCUCGACGACGCCGACAAAGAAGACGACGGGCCCUGCACACGCCAAAGUCUGCCAUGCGCCGAAGGCAUCCGCUGCGCGAAACGAGGCGAUUGCGGGUCCCGGCACAGCGACCAGGAGCGGAAACUGUUCCAGAAAUAUCCAGAUCGGGAUUUCAGGUGGUGGAAAACGCAGGAGUGCCAGUUCAAAAGGUGCAAUAACCGCGGGAGAGAAUGCGGGUAUGCUCACGGAAAGGAAGAAGCAUGGUGCACAAGGUGCCGUUGUGAAGGUCACUUCCCUACAGAGUGCCCUUAUUGGUGA